UCAAACGUUUGAUGAAAGAGGCUGCAGAACUGAAGGAUCCUACAGAUCAUUAUCAUGCACAACCUUUGGAGGAUAAUCUUUUUGAAUGGCACUUUACUGUUAGAGGCCCUCCGGAUUCAGAUUUUGACGGAGGGGUUUAUCAUGGACGAAUAGUACUACCACCUGAAUAUCCCAUGAAACCACCCAGCAUUAUUUUGCUGACGGCCAAUGGCAGGUUUGAAGUGGGGAAGAAAAUUUGUUUAAGCAUCUCAGGGCAUCAUCCUGAAACAUGGCAGCCUUCAUGGAGCAUAAGAACAGCUUUACUAGCCAUUAUUGGAUUUAUGCCAACCAAAGGUGAAGGAGCAAUAGGAUCUCUAGAUUAUACACCGGAAGAAAGAAGAGCUCUUGCGAAGAAGUCACAAGACUUCUGUUGUGAAAUGUGUGGCACAUCUAUGAAGACAGCCCUUUUACCACUGACAUCUGGAAGUGUGUCAAGCCAGGCGGACAAGGAGGCCAAAGAACUUGCCAGACAAAUUAGCUUCAAGGCAGAAGUCAAUUCAUCCAGGAAGUCUGAUGCUGGACCCUCAGACACAUCAGGAUUGAACCACUCGUCUGCUUCACGUGAGCCCCGUCAGGAUGGCGCAGCUAGAGCGUUCCAGGUUCCAACAAGUGCAGUGUCUGAAACUCCGAGUAGCAGUGCAGCCGCCAGCCAGGAGCGUACUCCGCCUGUGUCCACCAACACAUCUCUGAGUCCUCGGCAGCGCCGUGCCCAGCAGCAGAGUCGGAGACGGGCUCCGUCUUCAACUGACUUUAAUCGGGUACAGCAACCACGAGUCAACAUGAACCACACUGGGUCAACUGUUCUCAUCGUCCUUCUGACUUUUGCAUUGGCAGCUCUCAUAUUUCGUAGAAUAUGUUUGGCUAACGAGUACGUGUUUGAGUUGUAAGGUUGUUUCUGUCGUAACAGCAGUGACUUGGAUGCUUCAUUGAACAUUCUGUAUUGGCUAUGACAUGAGAACUGUUUACAAAGA